AUGGCUAAAGCUGUAGAAAACUUUGCCAAGAUCUCCGCUACUGAUUUGCUUAGCACAACUCCAAGUCUUUUUGGGUGGCUGAGAAAAGAAGGGAGAACCGGAUUACUGUCUGUGUUCAAGAAAAUCGAUAGAUGUAAGUUCUAUCUGCCAUUGGUUUAACUCAGUUGAAGUCGAGUUAAUUCCUUAAAGGGGCUCUGUCACGGUCGUUUAUUUUAUUUUGUUACAGUAUAGUGUAUUGCGAAUAACCGCGCUUACUUAUGCUGCGCAGAAGAAAAAAAAAGCUCGAAAAUGACAAAAUCACUGACAGCUUCUUGUCGAAGACUUAUAUCUCGCAAGCAUUAUAAAAAUGAUACAAACAACAAAUGAACUUCGAAAAACUGUUAAAUUUUUAAAAGGGUGUCAAUGGGGUGUUAGCUUUAACGGUUGACGGUUAUUUACUAGUGGAAAUAUAUAUAGUCUUUGCUAUUUUGACCCUUAAGCCUCGGAGUCAUGUUAGAAUUUUAAAUAUCGAACAUGAGCUACAUUAUAACUUUUGUGUUUUGGAGGUUGGCUUAACCUUUCACAUGUGAAAUUUCUAAAUAUUUUCAGAUAUAAGCAAGUUGUAGGGUCUAGUAAAGUCGACUAUAGAGAGUGUGUUUUUCGGAGAACAUGGGAAAUGGUUCCUCAGUAAGAUUUAGCACGUGAUCAUGAAAGACAGUUAGCCUUAAAGCAGGGGUGAAAAGAGUGCCUGGCUUGAUAGCGCAGCUAAGAUCGACGUUACAGCACUGCACCUCGAGUAUCGCAGAGGUCAUGGUUUCGAAUCUCGUUUAAGCAUGAUAUUUUUUUUUCACUUUGGUCCGAAGUUUAAGCAUGAUUCUUUUUCACUUUUCGCUUUGUUUUAGAGGGCGACUGCUUAGUUGCUAUGCCGAACGUGUUUCGCGUGUGAAAUGAUCCCCUGAUCCCGCAUUUCUACGCGUACGGUAUAUGAAAUUAAACACAUUCACAUUUAUAAGGAUGGCAAUGAUUACUCUUGUACUUAAAGGCCGCUGCCAUGUCGCCAAGUAACGAUAGAGACGGGUCAUGACAACGCAUUGCGCUGGAAACAACUGGUUGAAUGUCAGGCCACAAAGUCGCAUUUAUAGGAAAAAAAUUAUCGAGCCCUACUCUGCAAUUCAGAUAUUUUUGCAGUCACUUAAUUGAUAAAAGAAUAAGUUUAAAAGAAAGAAAAUUGAGAAUUUUGUCAAAUUUCUUUUUCAUCUGAGUGUCGUUUCAGCGUCGUUUACGCAGCUGGUCACUUCCUCGUAUACCGGCUGAAGAUGACUGUGCAAUUUUUUACACUGUACUUUCCGGCCUGGGAUAACCUCAGAUUGCUAUUUACUUUGAUUAAUUACGCCAACAGGCUAUAAAAACAUUACAGAAAUGAUAAACUCUAAACUGAUAAAAAGACGUGAAUAACAACAGCAAAUACAAAGGAAGGCACGAAUGGCAAAAUAAACGGCGGAUUGCAGUUGCGGUUUUUGAAAACUUGUUAGGCUAAUAGUUUAUAUUGUUUGUUUAUGCCCUGAUAAAAUGGUUUGGGAGAGAUAUUUGUUUGAUAUACGUUUCGUAAGCUGUGAUUUUGUCAUUUACAACCAGUAAAUUUUCCCGGUAACGUCAAGUUCCUUGGCGAUAAAAGGCGCGUCGGGUUAUAGGAAAUAAUAAACCAAUGAACAGCAGCCCCUUAAAUACUCUCUACCGGACUUAACAUUGUAAAAGAAAUCACUGGUUAAGUAACAACAAAAAAGCACUUUGAAAAACUGUUACAAGUUUUAAAACCUUGUAAAACUAACGGUUUUAAAGGAAAAACUUAGAAAUGGCCUAUAUUGCAAUCCUUAUUAAUAUUCUUCUAACUUUCACUCUAGAGAAGGCGACACAAUCGUGUUUACUGCUGUGGACUCUUACGAACCAGCCUAAUUAACAAUUCGCCUCAAUUCUCUUUUUUUAUAGGGCCCUGGUUUUAUAUGAUCCUGAAAACAGGAUAUUUAUACUUGUUCAAGAAGCCCGAUUCUCAAAAUUUUACGGAAGCCAUUUCACUAGAGAACUACAGGUAAACCAUGAUUUGCAUUUUCCUUUCGUUAAAAUCUUUUAAUGGUAUAUGUACAGGAAUGAAGGUCGAUCGAAAUUUCUCUAAGCCAACAAUUUGAUGUUUGGAAGCCUUAAUACAGAAUGGCUACUUAAAAUGAGAUAAAUAGCGAAGCUCUUGUUAAUAUACCUACGCAAACAUAAAAUAACAUCGUGCAAUUCAGACCCCUCCAGAAAAUACCAUAAGAUACUGUAAUGUUCUUUGUUUGCCACCUCAAGAUUUUUUAACUCCCAAAAGAAACUGAAGACAAUGUGUAUGCGAAAUUUUGGGGUGACAAACAAAGAGCAUCACUGUAUGUAAUGGUAUUUUCCGGAGUGGUCAAUGCUAAACGGCGACGGCAUUUUGAACUAUCAACUCCCUAAAAAUUACUGUGCAAGUUCACGUAUCCAGAUUCGUGUGGACGUAACCUUAGUCACUUUUGGUUGUAAUUUUUAUAGACAAGAAAUACACAAGAAUUUGAUGAGCAGAAAACACAAAUACACGUCUCAUACAGUACGGGUUCUUCAAUGGUUUAUGGGUACCCAAAAAUUUGACUAUUCAAGUGCAGAAGUAAAAACUUUGUUUUUUUCUGUGGAUACAGAAUAUGAUUUAAAGGUAAUUUAUUAAUAAAUACUUAUUCUGUUUUAUUUAUAAUCAUGUACUGAAUGUCUUGAAUUUAUGGGUAUUUUAAGUUCAACGUGGUAUUUAUGGUACUGUAGCUAGUAGUAUUAUUGCUUUUCAAUUUAAAUUGUUUUAAUUGGACAUUUGUUGUUGUUUUUUGUUACAGAAAUGGAUGGAUGCAAUUGUGAAAGAGAAAGAGGAAUAUAUUAAGUAAGUAGCCGAAAAUGAAAAAAACUUUUAGUGGCCGGUAACUUCCGGUAACCUGUUAUCUGCUUUGUUCCCAGUCUCCAUCCAACCCAUGAAACCAAGGCCAACACGCAAGAGAAAUGAAAUUGUCGCUUCGUUAGUUAGAGGUUAUCAUUAGAUCCCAUGGCCCGUAGCGCCUUCGGACACCUCAUGAAAUUUACACAACGCAGUUUUCCCUUUUACUAAUAAGGGUUAAGCACUGCCUUUUACAGAUUAGGGUUAAGGAUUGCCUUUACUGAGUAGGUGAUUAGAGUUAAGCACUGCCUUUUCGGCUGAUUAAGGUUAAAACUGGUUAAGGUUCCUUUUUUAAGUUGGGGUUAGUGCUAUAUGUACUUGAAUUAUUUCCUCGCCAUCCAACAAAUCCUAGGUGGUCUAGUGGUUAGUGUGCUAUACUGGGUCUUCUGGAUAGUGGGUUUGAAUCCUACUGCUCUUCAUAUCAAUUUUUUUCUUUCAAAUUGACGAGACUUGCACUUCCAUGAACAUUUCUAGCUUGAAAUAUCAUCCAAGUGUGAUAUAAAAGCAGAAAACAGUUCUACCUUGAAGAAGGUAGCUAUUUUCCCAGAGCACUUUCAAGGACAUUAUCCUCCUAAAAUAAUAAUAACAAAAGGUAUCAUUGCAAAGUUUACAGGGAAUCCAGGAAGCUGAGAAAGUGGUUUAAUUUUCUAUAUUUAAGCACCAACGCCAAGUAAAGCAAUUACUAACAAAUGGCAUUCAUGUUCAACAGUCCAACUAGUCAUGCGUACUGCGAUAUUGAUUACCCACCACAAGCUGAUAGCCAAAGAUCCCCGCCUCCUCCACCGUCAACUUCAAGGAGACUCCCUGAACGGCCUCCAGCCCGUCUUCCUGAUGAACCGUCGUCAAGACGACCAUACUCACUGACCCUUCCCCCUGAACCCUCGGAAAAGUACAGUCAGCAAAGCAAACCAUUACCUCCCCCACCCAAACAAAACAACCCCGUGAAUAAAAAGCCCGCAACUCUGCCCCGUCCACUUCCAGAGGCACCGGAGGCACGAGGAGGGAAGCUUGGACAUCUCACAAAGGCAAGAAGAAGCUUCUCGGAGUCUCAGUUAGGAGUACAACAAUCAGGAGCAGCAUUUGACAGUGUGGUAAAACAGCUCAAUAAACAAGGCAACAAAUUAGGUCAUAUUCAAGAAACAGGUUAUUAAUCAUUUAUUUUUAAGCACUUUUGAAAUGAAUUGUAGACAAGGCAUUUGGACUAAUUUUCCUACCAGACGACGGACCAGUCAACACUUGCGUACGACAAGCCGUGACUGGUUCUUACCUACUUAUAAUAAUGUAUUGUGUUCACUUUUUUUUUCUUCAGCCCCUGCCCUUCCGCGUUCUCCAAGACCUGCUGCAUCUAAUCCUCUGAGAUCAAACACACACGGAAGGUACAACUUCACUAGCCUGCGAUUAGAAUCUCCAGUUACUGGAACUUGCAGCGUUCCCCUUUUUCACUCGUUGAAAAUCAUUUUCUUUAAUUUAUAAUCAUUAUAAUAUUGUGGGUGACAAAUUAUGUUAAUUUGUGAAAUUACAAAACUGCCAUGGCAACAUUCGGCAUUUUUCAGUGUCAAGAUGGCGUCCAAGUUUAAAGUUUUGUGAGGAUGUCAAGGAAUUAAAAGACGGUUUAUAAAACCUAAACACACGAAAUAGCACAUCAAGGCAAGAAAAUGUUUUGUCAAAAAAUUCAGAAAAAUUAACUUUUUAGUGCGUGAAGUUCUCGAUGCGAUAAACAAGUAAAAAACCCAAGAUUGCGAGUGUAAUUUGUCACCCAUGAUAUUAGCAAGUAAUGGCAUGUUAUACUUGUGAAAUUAGGGAAUGGUUUCACUUGCGUUUUGUCCAUAUUGAAAUACUGACUUUUUCGAGCCUUUACGUAUUACACAUUAUUACUUAUUGACUACUGAUGAACACUCGUACGGGAGUGGAGCGUUUAGUGCGUCCGUACUCCCGUACGCCCAUUCAGACUCAGUCUUGGGGAAGGGGAAUGGAGUGUCCGUAAGGGAGGGGAAUGGAAUCCCCGAUAUGCACCUUGCGUUUGUCGUGGCGUAAAGCAACGUUUGCUGGAAAAAUAGUCCCGUUAAUAGAAGUGUCUUCCUCUGUCCGUUAAAAAAAAUUGAUUCUUGUAUCUAUCUGUCUGCGUUUCAAUUUCAUUCUUAGGUGUCCCCCAGACGGAUGUGAAAACGCCAAAGUGAAACAGGUUGAAGUGAGUUGGCCUUAUUUGUAAUUUAGUUUCUAAAGAAUGGUACCUCAUCAUGAUCCUAGCAUAAUUUGAUCUUGACUUCAGAUGAAGUUAUUUGUCCGAGCGCUGUGAACAGCUAGCUCAAGUAGGUGAUCGGACCUUUGCUUUACACACACUCGCUAGGCAAUGAAGGAAUUCCUUCUGCCAACGUAGUAAGGCCAGUCAAUUUUGGAAUUGCUCAGGGUAGGAUUCCGAAGAGAUAAUGUGUUGCAACACUUUUAAACGAUAGCUUUCUGAAUGCAUUGCAGGUUUCCCAAGCUUUUAAGGGGGACGCAGAUAAAGAGACGGCAAGCAGGUAUCGUUUUCCUAGUUUAAAUUACGAAAAUGUGCUUUGACAGUUACAAAGAGUUGCGCCUUGACUAAAUUGUUUUUUUUUUACGAGGACAGCCCUGCACGUAGCAUGGCAUUUGUCUGAAAAGUCUUAGUCAUAAUAAAGUUUGCACUUAUGGUUUUCCACUAAAUAACUGAGGCACGUAAAUGUUCGCAUAUCAGUAAACUAGCCCUUGAAAAAUUGUUUCAAUUUUCAACCUUUUUUUAAAUAAAUCACCAUGCAUUUUUUGCUCCUCUUCAGACUUUUGAAACCAGAGUUGUUAGGAACAUACUUGACACGUCCCGGCAAUUCAGAAUCAGGAAAGGUAAGUGUUGAGCUCUCUGUGUUGGUUCUAUUAAUCAGUGAAAGCAUUAAAGAUUUGUGGAGAGGGCUGGCUGGAGGUGCGAAAAUGAUGAACCGGGAUCUCGUUUUGAGAGCCUGACUCAAAUUUGUUCUUACCCCGAAGUUACAAAUUCUAAAACAACCAAUACUGAAAACAGCAAUAUAUCAGAUUAAAAGGUGGUUUAGUGGAGUAGCCAAUAUCGUCAUUCUUUCACUUAAUACUAAUAUAAUAAUAAUAAUAUAAUAAUACUUGAUAUAAUGGUCUAGGCCAAACGACGAACUUUUCAUGAGACGAGCCAAAAAGUCUUAUUUGGGUCGACCUAAAUUACGAUCUUAAAUUAAAAUGUAAGAUCGUCUGUUGGGUCAGAUCAGACGUCGAACUUUAGACACGUCGAACUAAUCAACUGAGUAAGAUCAGUAAAAAUUUUCUUACGAACGAGGCUAAAUAUACAUUAUCAUAUAAAUUUUUGAUUUAUCAGUUUAGUUCGUCGCAUGUGAAGAUCGACGUUUGAUCCUUAGACGAUCUUCAAACGUUAUAUCUGUCUGAAGCAGACGGAUAGAAGUUGUUGGACGAUCCAAACUCAUUCAGACGAACAGUUAACUGAGCCAGGCGUCGAACUUCCAUGAACUGAACUCACUAGGCUUGAUUCGUUUCAUGAAAAGUUCGACGUUUGGCUUGGCCUUAGUUCCCUUAAAAGGUAAUGUGACGACACGAAAGACCGCCAAUUUUAAUUGUGGCACUUUAUAUUAGGUAGUUGAAACUUGUCCAGAAAUUUCGCCCCCUAUAACGUACACACCCGCCUACCCAUCAAUUUUGUUCCCUUGGGUUGUUGCUGAACUGGUAGCAGGUGAACGCAAAAUCUGUACUUUUUUAUAUGUAUGUAAUUUACAACUCUAGUAGUGGAGUAAACUGAGAAUGAUUGAUGAUUACUCUUCAAGCUGUAUUUAUUGAUUUUGCUUAAUUUUCCCGCUCUUUCUAGUCUUUGUCAGUGCGAGACAAGAAUGAAGACGGUACAUCUCUUAUCAGGCACUACAGGAUAUUCUUUAAGGAGGUUAGAAUUGUGCUCAUUUAAGUUUACAUGGAGGGAGGAAUUAAGAUCCUAGCACCAGCAAGACCCUAGAAGGCGGAUCAUCAUGGCACCAUAUGUUUUCUGUAUUCGGGUUUGAAGGCAAAGGCAGAUUGCACUUCAAUCAAGCGCUUGGAUCUUCCUAGGAAGAUCUUAAUACUAUUUAAACUGCCUUGGCUAGGAAGAUGUAGGGACAAAACAAGACAAAAAUGGCGGCUGGUCGUUCAGUGGCUAAUCAUGGCAAUUAUGAAGGCCGACCAUUUCGUUUUUCGUUACCGCGAGCUGAUUAUUAUCAUGGUAUUUCUGCUGAAAGGUAGUUAUUGACACCAGUAAAGAGAGCAGAAGGGCAUUUUUGUUUUUGUCGCCCACCAUUUUUAAUUCCUUCUCGAACCUUCUCUACUUGGGCACCACACGGACAAAAAAUGUCUUCAUUUAACCCCAACGUAAAGCAGUGUUCCGCCUUGUAGCAUCGUCCCGGUGCCAGGAUCUUCUUUUCUAUAUGUAAACAGUCCCUUGCUCUAUUGUCCUCUUGAGUUAUAGAAGGUUCGUUUUAGUUACAUUUUUUUCAUACAAACCGUGGCUUAUUGUUUUUAAGAGAUUUUAAUCCUUAUGGUCAAUAAAUUAAUGAAAAUUUGGUACCUACGUCCAGUAAGGGCUGAUUUAUCAAUUCCCUAGAAUUAAACUUUCGACAAAAUUAUUGAUGAGAGAUAAAUAAACGGACGUUCCUCUUCUUAUAGUUAAUAGUCGGACAAACACACGAUUCGCAGCCCUUAUAAUUACUCACCGUUUUACAAACUGAUGUUUUUAUGCUUCCUCGUGACUCCAGGACAUUGAGUAAUUUUGAUUUUCAGUGGACAAAAAUCUUGUACCGGAAUAAUCUAACGCAUAUUGCAUUCUUUCUUACAUUUUUCAAGGGCUAAAGACGGAAUAAAUCAUCUGUAAUGACACCAAAAGAAAUUUCUUAUGGGAGACCGAGAAAAUGUAUGUCAAAUUUCACAAAAUUACAUCUUACACAUGAGAUUUUGAGAAUUUUACUUUUGUAAUCACAAUUCUAGUGAAAUUUGGCUUUCAUUUUCUGGGACUUCCAUGAGAAAUUUUCUUUGGUGUUACUACAGAUGAUUUAUUAGGGCCAUUUAUACGAGGAAAAAUGAGACGCGUCUUACAUAAGACGCGUCUGAAAUAAGACGCGAACUGUACCAUUUAUACGAGCAUGUCUUAUCUAAGACAAGAACAGCUCGUAUAAAUGGUUCGCGUCUUAUUUCUGUUCUAGACUCGUUUUCAUGUGAGUGUUGCCCGUACCAACGGCAACCAACAAGGCGCGAAAAUUUUCCCGCCAAAAUUUAACGCAUGCGUACCAUGCGUUCGCGUCUUAUGUAAGACGCGAAGGUCAUUUAUACGAAGUUUUUCUCGUCUUAGCUAAGACGCGCCUUAUCUAAGAACAGGUGUUAAGGGCUGUUCUAAAAUAAGACGCGUCUUAACUAAGCCGCGUCUUAUUUUAGACGAAAUGUGCCGUUUAUACGGAAAGUUCGCGUCUUAUUUAAGACGCGUCUUAUUUUUCCUCGUAUAAAUGGCCCUAUUAUGCUUUGGCCUUUAAAAAAUGUAAAAAAGGAAUAAGAUAUUGUUUAAAUAUUUGUUAUUCUGAUACAAGGUUUUUGUCCACUGGAGUUAAAAUUACUCAAUUUCCUGAUGGAUUCUGUCUUAAAAUCUUUUAAAAUACCUUGGAAUCAAGUCAAAAGUGGCAGGUUUUCAGUAGGCAACGUUGCCAUAUUGGAAAGAAUCAACGUUUCGGGACCAUACUUCCUUUCGGCUUGGCCAAACCCAGGGAAGCAUCAUUAGGGCCAUUUAUACGAGGAAAAAUAAGACGCGAACUUUCCGUAUAAACGGCACAUUUCGUCUGAAAUAAGACAUGCUCGUAUAAAUGGUACAGUUCGCGUCUUAUUUAAGACGCGUCUUAUGUAAGACGCGUCUUAUUUUUCCUCGUAUAAAUGGCCCUAUUGAGUAAAUUCCACACCUUAGAAGAUGAUGAAAACAACAAAUUUUAAAAGUCAGAGCAGAGAAGUUUAAAAUAAUUCGAUUAUUUUGUUCUAUUUUAUGGCUCGUAAUUCGUAAGCGAUGUAAAAUAAAUGAGAUUUAAAGGCUGACCUUAGUGUCCACAGACCACUUUUCUUUAUUUGCUUACACACGCCCGAAAAUAUGCUAGAACUGAGCAGAUUAGACGAAGAAUGUUGAAAUCAGACGUGUCCUUUUUCAUGAGAACGGUUUCUUCCUUGCAUAGAGAGUCAAAACAAAUAUUGAAGAAUGGUAGCUAGUGUGGCUUCCUAAUAAUAAAGAGUUGAUUGCAUUAUUUUGUAGUACACCAAAUGUCUUUGCAUACGACCUUUGUCUCUAUGAAUGCAAUCGUACCUUUUCUUUUCAUNUUUUGUUUUUGCAGGGUGUCGGGUACAGUUUGGAUAAUAGAAUCGGACCAUGGUUUGCUGAAAUUUCACAAGUUCUGGGUCAUUAUUAUAAACACCAGCUACCAAAUUCCGAAAACAAACUUCGUUCUCCUUAUCAGCGUUAA